AUGGGCAUCCAUGCUGUUAGCGUCAUGCUAGAGGCUCUCAAUAGAGAUGCCCAACAUGCUACUAUCGCCAAGUUCAUUCAAAAUGAACUUGACGCAGAACGCGAGAAAGUAGCCUUGCUUCGCCAACAAGGUUCUCAAAAAGCAGAGUUGUUGAUAGAACAGGGUGCUCAACAGUUUGAACUGUUGAGACAGCAACAGGCUGCUGCUGGUGGGUCGAUGCACUCGCGUCGACCCGAGACUUUGAAGAUUGACAUCUUUAAGGCGCGUCGCAUCGACGACGGGGAUAUGCAAGUUGCAUUUGCCCAGUCAAAUAUGGCAGGACGUGCCAAGACUUGGGCACUGGGGCUCAAGUUGCACGACUCAUAUGCUUUUGGGUCGUUGGAAGUCUUCAAGUCGCGGCUCAGACAAACGUUUGAGCCGCCUAGAGCUGAGUUCAGAGCUCGAACCGAACUCUUGAAGCUCAAGCAGGGUAAGCGUGAUGUGCACGCUUACGCGCAACAUAUACGAUAUCUCACGAGUUGUAUAAGUUCCAACCCGGUGGAUGAACACACGUUGUUUUCGGUGUUCAUGCAUGGUCUUGCGGAUGGUCCCGUCAAGACUCACCUGUUCCGGCUUGAACUAGAUUCACUAGCACAAGCAAUUUCCAUUGUAGAACAGGAAGACUUCAGUCUGAGACAGGCUCGCGCCAGCUCGACAUCAUAUCGUCAACCGAGACGAUAUGACAGCGGAGGUCCAAAGCCGAUGAAACUCUGUUAUGUAGAGAGCGAGAAGACUCGCUCUACAGACUACAAGAAGUUGCAGAAACGCAACAUAUGUCAGAAGACAGGACACUACGCUUACGAGUGUAGUGCCCCUCGUCCAGUGUCUCGCAACACUGGGCGUAGUGACCGUCCACCCAUGAGAAAGGGGCAUGGACGCGGGUCCGCUGUUGGUGCAAAGACGCAACAACGGGAUGGAUCGUAA